AUGCUGACGCUUUCCUUGCCGUCUGUCGCUUGGCUCGCUCCUCUUCGCACAGAGUUCCCUCCCCGAACUGAAACGACCGACAAGGAUGGUAUCACCACCGUCAUCGAGUACAAGCUGAACGACGAGGGCAAGAAGGUCAAGGUGCGUCAUUGUAUCGUACGCCACAUCACCGAGGCUUUCGCUGACGUGUGAUCAAUGACGAUACUACAGGUCACGCGCCGCAUCAAGCGAACACUCGUCAAGAGCAAGGUCAACCACGUCGUCGCUGAGCGCAUGGGCUGGGCCAAGUGAGUCUCUUUCCAGGUACUCGAGUGUGCACAAAAGUAUGCUUAGAUGCUAAUGACGCGCACGACCCAGGUUCGGUGCCGAGAAGGGCCACAAGCCAGGACCCGACAGCGCGACGACGACCGUCGGUGAGGCGAUUCGCAUCAAGCUCUCCGCCGGAGGCAUCAAGACCGAAGACACCGAGGCCGAGGAGAAGACGUCGAUCCAAAAGGCCCUCGCCGGUCGCAAGAUCACCUGUCGAUUGUGCCAAGGCGACCAUUACACGACCAGGUGUCCCUACAAGGAUACGCUCGGCGACGUUUUGGGUGAAGGUGAGCCUCUCUCUUCAUCCCCCUCUUGCUCACGUUCUUAAAGCUCCUUGCAAGUCUAGAUAGACUGACUCAUGAGCUUGACAUGUAAUCUCAUAGGUGGAGAAGAGGGUGGCGCAGAAGGUGCGCCGGGUGGAGAUCUCGGCCCGAACCCCACGCCUUCGGAGCUCCGAGCCGCCGGAGGCAAAUACGUCCCUCCUUCUAUGCGUGCCGGUGCCAAGGGUGCGGGAGAGUCGAUGAACUCGCGCAACCGCGACGACCUGCCCACAUUGCGCGUCACAAAUCUCAGCGAGGACUGCCAGGACCAGGAUCUGUGGGACUUGUUCGAUCGAUUCGGGAGAAUCAACCGGUAUGUCUUGGAACCGAGAGCAUCACGAUGACGGCCUUGUCACUGACUCCUAUCAGACAUUGCCGUGCUACAGUAUCUACGUUGGAAAGGACCAGGAGACGGGUCUGUGCAAGGGUUUCGCCUUUGUCAGCUUUGAAAGUCGCGCCGAGGCCGAGGCCGCAUUGCACAAGAUCAACGGAUUGCCCUACGACCACCUCAUUCUUUCGUGCAGCUGGAGUGGUGAGUGCCAUUUUGCAUUCAUCUCGGUCGUGUAAAUGUACUGAUAAUCAAAAUUGCAUGCUCAUAGUACCCAAGACCGAGCGACCGGCGUAA